AUGUUAUUACGCUCUGGCUACGAAUACAGUUUCUCUGCUCCUACCUCUACCACUAGCAUCCGCAGCAGUAGAAAGAGAAAGUCGGCAGAUGAUGAGUUGGAUGAGCGACCUUUGAAGAGACAGGAUACUACUCUUGUCCUUCAAGGGGAGCCAUCUAUCUCCUCUCAUCUUACUCCUCCAGUUGCACUUCCCUCCUCUUCCAAUCCGCCUCUACCUUCUUCUUCUUUAUCCGAAUUACCUUCAGUGGGGGAUGGAAGCAACUCUUUCAAUGAUACAGUUCCUGUGGAGGAAGAGUCUGCUGGCAACGAGAGGGGUUCUCGGCGGGUACGUUUCCACAAAGACGUGGUUACGUACCUGUUUGAGGCUGAUGAUGAGCCUUGUAGAGCGGCAGACCACAAGUAUGUUGAUUACCUUGAUUACAUCUAA